AUGCUCUUUAAACGACUAGUCACACAUACCAGUCUCAAGUCUAUUUCAAAACCGACUAUAUCAACUAGACAAACAUCACUUAAUUCAUUUGAAGAUAUCAUGACAGUACCUGCAUCAUCACCAUCAUCAUCAUUAACUACAACAUCAAGUAAACUACAAGGACGUGAUUUAUAUAAUUCAAUAGGACAACCUAAAACCAUAGUAGCACCAAUGGUUGAUCAAUCAGAAUUAGCAUGGAGAAUACUAUCUAGAAAAUAUGGAGCAGAAUUAUGUUAUACACCAAUGUUUCAUGCAAAAUUAUUUGUUACUAGUGAAAAAUAUAGACAAAGUAUGUGGAAUUUAAAAGAUGGUGAUAAAAAAAAUGAUAGACCAUUAAUUGUACAAUUUUGUGCUAAUGAUCCAGAUUAUUUAUUACAAGCAGCAAAAUUAGUUGAAAACCAAUGUGAUGCAGUAGAUUUAAAUUUAGGAUGUCCACAAGGUAUAGCUAAAAAGGGAAAAUAUGGAGCAUUUUUAAUGGAUGAUUGGGAUUUAGUACAUAAAUUAAUUAAAAUUUUACAUGAAAAUUUAUCAAUUCCAGUAACUGCUAAAAUAAGGAUAUAUGAUGAUUGGGAAAAAUCUUUAAAAUAUGCUAAAAUGGUAUUAGAUGCCGGUGCACAAUUUAUAACUAUUCAUGGUAGAACAAGAGAAAUGAAAGGUCAACAAACGGGGUUAGCAAAUUGGAAAAUAUUAAAAUAUUUAAGAGAUAAUUUACCUAAUGAUCAAGUAUUUUUUGCAAAUGGUAAUAUCUUAUAUCCAAUGGAUUUAAAAAGAUGUAUGGAAGAAACAAAUUGUGAUGCAGUAAUGUCAGCAGAAGGUAAUCUAUAUAAUCCCGGAGUAUUUUGGACUAAAAAUGAUGAUAUUGAAAAACAAUUUCCAAGAAUUGAUAAAAUAUUAAGAGAAUAUUUUGAAAUUGUUAAGCAAGUUGAUAGUCCUGCUUCAAGGCAUUCAAUGAAAGCUCAUUUUUUUAAAUUAAUGCAUGAAUUUUUAAAUAUACAUAAAGAAUUAAGACCAAUAAUAGGACAAACAAGUGUACAUUCAUCAUUUGAAGAUUGGGAUAAAAUUGUUAUACAAGUUGAAGAAAUUAUUGCGAAAAUUUAUGAGAAUCCAAAAAUUAAUGAAUUAGAUAUUAUAACAUCAGGUAAUACUGAAAAUUGGGGAGGUCAUUAUAAAAUUGUACCAUAUUGGAGAUGUCAACCAUAUUUUAGAAAAGUUGAUGGAGAAAAACAAAAUACAAGAUUAUUAAAAGUUGCAGGAGAAACUGAUUUAAUGAUUACUUCAGAUAUUGCAAAACAAAAGGUUUUAAAAAGAGAAUUAGAAGACGGAAUACAACAAUCAGAUGUUGCAAAUAAAAAGCAAGCUGUAUAG